AUGUCCUCUGUCAUCAACGGAGCUCCAUGGUUGACAUCAGUUGGAGCAGGGACGAUUGACAGAAAAUUUGUUGCUACUGUGUCCCUUGGCAAUGGCACUGAGACCAUCAGAGGGCUAUCGACCUAUCCAAAGAGGUUGUUUCUAUCCAAUAUACCACUCUACUAUGGUCUGGGGAACACUACUAGCAAGGAGUCCUGUGACAGCCUCCAUCCUAAUCCAAAGAAGGUAGCGGGAAAGAUAGUGUUCUGCACAGUGGUCUCUGAAUUUGACAUGUAUGAUCAGAUAAAUAAAUUAUCUCAACUAGCAGUCAAGGGAGCGAUCUUCGCUACAGAUCUUCGAGAGUUCCUUCUUCCCACAAGUUACUACAUACCGUUUGUUGCCGUUAGCUUGUCCAAGAGGAAGGUGAUCAAGAGCUACAUGGCGGAAGCAACUAAAAUGGCAGCAGUGAGCAUCUCAUUUGGAGAGACAAAGCUUGGCACGAAGCCUGCUCCCCAGGUAGCAUUCUUCUCCUCCCGGGGUCCAAGCCAAAUAAGCCCUACCAUCCUGAAGCCAGACAUAUUGGCUCCAGGGGUUAACGUCUUAGCUGCCUGGGUGCCGAACAGAGUUUUUGCUCAGGUUGGCAAUGAUAGCCUUUUCACAAACUAUGCAUUGGUCUCGGGAACGUCCAUGGCUUCACCGCAUGUAAUCGGCAUUGCAGCUAUGAUCAAAUCAGUGCACAGGGACUGGAGUUCAGCUGCCAUUCGCUCCGCCAUGAUGACCACUGCCGAUACAACUGAUAACACUGGGAACUGGAUUAUUGACAUGAGCAGUGACACAGCAGGAUCACCUCUGGCAUAUGGAGCAGGGCACAUAAACCCUAACAAGGCCAUGGAUCCAGGCCUUGUGUAUGAUAUCACUGUGCAAGACUACAUCGAUUUCUUGUGUGGGCUAAACUACACAAAUUCACAGAUUAGCACGAUCACCAGGCGGUCCAACUGCAGCUGCACCAAAGCCAACCUUGAUCUAAACUACCCUUCCUUCACAGUGAUCCUCAACAAUGCAAACAUGACAACUUUUAGAUUUAAAAGAGUCCUGACGAAUGUUGAGAGCACAACAACAAGAUAUCAGGCUGCAGUGAGGGCAUCAAAGGGGAUGAAGGUGCUUGUGAAGCAACAAACGCUCAAUUUCAAUGGUUUGAACAGCAAACAAGAGUUUUCGGUAAGGGUGGACAUAGACCUGAGCAAAUCUGCUAGAAAACAGAGUGAAUACUUGGGAAACUAUGGCUAUCUUAGUUGGUACGAGAUUGGAGGCAAACAUGUGGUCACUAGUCCCAUAGUUUCCACCUUUGCAGCUUCACAUAAGGACUACACAAUCUAG